GAAGAAGAAGAAGAAGAAGAAGCGCUGUAGGGACGGUUGAUGUUUAAUGACACCGUUGCUUAAUGCUCUGCCUUUAACUUGUGGUUUCUCUCAACAUUUGAACUCUUUGAUAAGAUUAUCUGCUCAGUUUGGGUCAAGUGUGCUUCUGUCAGUCUGUAGGUGAUGCAUAUGCAAGUCCCCUCACAUAUACGUCUGAAUAUUCAAGCCCAUUUGUACCCUCCAAAGUCCUUAAUCAUGAUUCGGCUCGAUAACUGAAAAAAAACUCGCUUUUCGAAACCCUCUGCAGGAGACUGCCAUGCUUGUGUUAAAAUCAGAAACUGAUACAGGAAUUUGGGAAAGCGCAUAAGAUUAAAGGAGCCAAGCGCUUGUGUUAAAAGAAAAAAAAAAAAAAGAGCCAUCCUGUCGGUAGGUUGGCGGCAGCUUUUGGCAGCCACGCCCGUAGAAUGACCAGCCUGUUUAGGCGCAGCAGCAAUGGAGGCUCUCGAAGCAAUGGAAGCGGAGGCGGGGGCAACGGCACCCAGGGCCAGCUCAACAACAGCCGGCCCAACCGGCAGGUCAGACGGCUGGAGUUCAACCAGGCCAUGGAGGACUUCAAGACCAUGUUUCCCUCCAUGGACUACGAGGUGAUCGAGUGCGUGCUGCGCUCAAACAACGGCGCCGUGGACGCCACCAUCGACCAGCUGCUCCAGAUGAGCAUCGAUGGCCACGGCUCGGACGACAGCUCCGACUCCGAUGACAGCAUCCCAGCAGAGAUCCUGGAACGAACUCUGGAGCCUGAUAGUUCCGAUGAAGAACCGCCUCCAGUGUACUCUCCUCCAACAUAUGAUAUGCACAUUUACGACAGGAAGUACCCAGAGGAGCCCCCACCAACGCCACCACCACGAUUUGAAGCCAAUGCACCUGGAGUUCACCAGCAGGCCAGAGGCUAUAGGAACUGGAACCCUCCUCUGCUCGGAAAUCUCCCAGAUGAGUUUCUGAGGAUCUUGCCCCAGCAGAUGGACAGUAUCAAAAGCUCACAGGCCGGUGUGGUUCAGCCUUCGUCAUCCUCCUCCUCCUCGGUGUCUUCAGGCGGUCAGUGGACAGCUCAGUCUUGCUCGGGGUCUGGCGCCGCAGGGACCACUGGAGGUCCCGGUUUCACUGCCGGGGCGGCCGAGCAAGAUAUCAAGCUGAAACAGUAUCUGGAAGACGAGCGCAUUGCCCUCUUCCUGCAGAACGAGGAGUUCAUGAGAGAGCUGCAGCGCAACCGGGAGUUCCUCAUCGCAUUAGAAAGAGAUCGCUUGAAGUAUGAAUCAAAGAAAUCAAAGUCCAAUCAUUUAUCUAGCAUGGAGAAUUCCACAGGAGAACAGUGCUCUGCAGCUUCAGUGGAAGCUGUCUCAGAUGACGCCUUGUUCAGAGACAAACUCAAGCACAUGGGCAAAUCUACAAGAAAGAAGCUGUUUGAAAUCGCUAAAACGUUUUCUGAAAAGACCAAGAGGAGAAAGUCCAAACGGCGGAUACUCCUGAAACAUCAUUCAUUGGGGACAGCCAACUCUACAGUCAAUCUUCUCGAAGAAGACGAGGGAAAUCCCUGUGAGGAGGAUGCCGGUAUCAUGAUUCUUCCCGGACUGUGCCCUACGGAGUCGCCGCGGCGACGGCAGGAUGAGGCAUCGUGGGCGUUGCCUCUUACGAGCUUCCUGUCCCGACUUACUCACCCCACCCCAACGCAAACUGAUGGAAGGCUCAGUAAGGAUGUAAGAUGCCCUUCCUUCCAGAGGAGAGCGACCGGACCGUCCCGGCCCUGAGCUGACUGUUAAUCCAUUUUCUCUGUAUUAUAAACUCUUAGUUAAUUAUAUAAUUUUCAAUGUAAAGGGAUGCAUUACAUCUUCCUAUGAAUAAUGGCUUCUUUUGAUUUGCAGAAAGGAGCACUAGCGUGGUGGCGAACUUUCUUAUUUUAUUUUUUUUUCUGUGUUGCUCUGAAUCAAGUCCCUCAAACUGGGCACUUUUGAACCCCAAAAUGUUCACAUGCACACAAAUGACAAACACUAAGUUGCACACAGGUUUUUGAAAUCAUGAUUCCUAAUCCACACUGCAGUGUUUUUCUCUGUCAUCGAAGUGAUGGCUGGCCAAAUGUCCCGUCACAUUUUCCAUCGACUUUUUCACCCCCUUUUGUUUCUGUUUUAUCUGAAGUGGAAGUAACACUUGCACAAGGCAGAUUGUGGGGAUUUAAAAGCGAACCGGGGAGACGGGCUGAGCCGUUUUAAAGGGCUAACAUAGAAUCGUAAUGAAUCGUAAUGAAGUUAAAGGCCUAGCCACACAAGCACGGAGUCAUUCGGCAUCGUCCUAAAGGCAAUCUUUCUUUUAUUUUUUUAUUUUCUUAAGAUAUAAGUGUUCACCUGUGUGCACUUUGUUUGGACCCAUUUGCUCAUUUAAAUGUUGAAUGAAGUGGUUGAAGAUUUGGAAAGUGAAUUUUGGAAAGGCACAGGCCACCUAGGAUCCCCCACCCACGCAUUUAUCAAGUUAUUUAGGCCGCAAAUCUACACAAAAGGAACCGAACACUGGAGGUAGUUUUUUGUGGGAUUCAAACAAAGCAGUAGCUGCUUGGAAGGGAGGAAGUUCGGUAAAUGAUUGCAUGUUUGAAAGCCAGUGAUGGGGAGAUUGAUCAUUAUUUUGUGUAGGAGGUUUCCAAGUGGGAGAUUUGAUGAGCUGGUUGAAUCCUCCAGAUGUUGUUAACUCGGUUUUCUGUGUACGGGAAAUGUAAAGUGGAUAUGAUGUGGAUGGGAGGAUGAGUGAUGGCACCAGUGACUAUGUCUCCCUUUUGUGGGGUUCUCUUUCUAUUUCUAAAUGACGAAUCUUGAUGUUAAAGUAUUAUUUUGUAAAAUAUCAUAUAUCUUGUGCAACAGCCUCAAUGGCACAACUUGAUAGAAACCCAUUAAGCAAAAGUACCCGAGGGGCUUUUUGUGGAAUAUUGUUUUUUCUAAUAUUUGUAGUUUCAUCAAAGCAAACCUGUGUCACAUCUUUGGCCUACCAAAGUAUUUUUUAUUACUCAUUACAUGACACAUUUUCCUCCAACCAUCUCUAUUUAACCUUGUGUUGUUUUUCAGUGUGAUGAAGGAAAAGUGCAUAAUAAAAAAAACAACUUCUAGUCCUUUUAUUUUCUGACUGAGCCAUGGCAUGAGCUUAAACUGUAUCUGGGUCAUGCCUUAUUGCCACGGCAAUUUAGUUUGUGAGGCGUACACAAGGCCAGCGGUUAACAGUCCAACCUCACAAUUCGACCCACAACUUUCUCCGCACGCACCCACAACAAAUGUCAAAGAUGAAAAUGUAGCAAUUUCGAUUUAAGAUCGAAAUGGACACGGAGGUUUCCGUUUGCCUCCUCAGUCCUGUGAACCCCUGCGUCUUCCAGCUUCUGCCCUCAAAGAGCCGCCCUCCCUCCCGUAUGGGGCUUUUGGUUCCCCCUGAAAGCCGCUUUGCCAUAUCUGUGAGCAAAUCAUGUCUCAUCUCGUUUUAUUAUGUAAGAGAGCCAUAACAGAAAUUAUGGUUUUCAUGUCAAAACACUUAAGAAGAGGAUACUGACUGAAGUAAUACUUAAGAGCAACAGCAAGACAAUGUAAAGUUGAAAGAUUUUGAGACCCCCCAACCCUGUUUUCUUUUUGACAUAAGAAAACAGAUUUGUGUACAAUAUCAGUUUACAAUGUAAGGUUUAAAAGAAGUGGUCAUUUACUAUCCAUUUUGAGUUGAUUUACUUAUUGUAAAUCAACUUAUUUCAUUUUUUUUUUUUAUAUAUAUUUUUUUUAUAAUGGAGGUGCA